AUGUGCUCAAGGCACGAUGUCAACCUGCGAAGUGACGCAACGAAUUGCCAGCAUCUUCAAGUCUCCUUUGUGGUCCUACCGUCCAUUCGCACCUCUCCUGGAACCUCUCUUCGGUCCUUCGCAGUCUAUCAACCAGUGCAUCCUAUACGUCGACGACUGCGAUUUACUGCACGGAAGGACCCGACUCCCAACAGAACAGCAGUUCGAAAGCAAAGAGAGCCUUCCGUUUCCUUGAAACGCACCCCUAACCAGAUCUGGUCUGCUGGUGAGCGACCACCUGUCAAUGGCAUAUUCCCUCCUGGAAAUCUCCCAUUUUCCGUCGAACUAGAUUUCGUAUUGAAUCAUCCCAUCACCGACACGAUAAUCGCUUUCCUGCUGGCCCUUAAUUGCCUUGCCUUUGCCUUGCAAACUAUAGACGUCGGACCAGAACUUCACCGGGCUUUCGAAAGCUACGAAUCCAAUCUCUCCAUCGUUUUUUUGAUAGAGUAUUUUGGGCGAUGGUAUGGGAAAGGGCUCUCUCCAAGGUUCUUGCUGACUAGGGAUAUGCUCCUUGACUUUGUCGCGGUUUCGCCUAUCGGAUUCGCGUUCGUUGAUCAAUCUGAAGCACUUUUCGUUAGGAUCCUUCGUCUUACCAGAAUCUUUCGCAUCCAAAGAGUGUUUUUGGACCCUGCCAAUAGCAUCAUGGACGGAAUGAGUGGCGCCCAGUUGCGCCUGGCGAGCAUCGGCCUGUCGUUAUUCAGCUUGUUAUAUGUUUCGGCGGGAUUGUUUUACCAAGUCGAGAAGGACGUUAACCCUGCAGUUCUUAACUUUUUCGAUGCCUUUUAUUUCUCCACUGUCACGCUUUUCACAGUUGGGUUCGGGGAUGUGACUCCACUUACCCCCAUGGGAAAAACGAUAACCGUUAUGACAGUGCUGACUGGGGCAGUAAUAAUUCCAUUUAAGCUAUCGGCUAUUGAAACAAUCACGAAGACCAAGAGAAGACUUUCUGAAGCUUCCGCUCCCAGUCCCUGCAAUCAAUGCUUUCUCAUAGGACAUCAAAUUGAUGCUAGGUUCUGCAGAAACUGCGGUGCCCUUCUCAGAAAAAAGCGCUUCGAUUGAGAGGUUGGUAAUGUAUCACAGGAUUUUGUUUAUUUAUUCAUGAAUAUUUUUCGGAGAAGAGUGAACCCAGCAGCCGCCUCGGUGACACCAGUAACGAAGUAUGUGUCCUGAUUUUCCUCUUACUCAGACACGUUAUCAUGAAGGGAAUAUCAAGUUUCCCCUAUACUGUGAUUUUCCUUCUUCAGGGCCGUUCUACGAGGCGGAUGAGCGAAGCGAAAGCAAAAGCUUUGUACAAUUGUUUUUGUAGUAUAGUAUACGUACAGUAGUGUACCGUAUUUACAUAGCCCAGAACAGCAAAAAAAUGCAAUAUUUGAUCA